AUGUUCAUAUCUAAUUAUCCUUCUAUCUAUCAAUCUAUCUAUUUAUCUAUAACAAUCUUCAAUCUUUUCAUAUCUAUCUAUCUAUCUAUCUAUCUAUCUAUCUAUCUAUCUAUCUAUCUAUGUUAUCUUUCAUAUCUAAUUAUCCGUCUAUCUAUCUAUCUAUCUAUAUUAUCUAUAACAAUCUUUCAAUCUUUUCUAUCUAUCUAUUCUAUCAUAUCUAUCUAUCUAUCUAUCUAUCUAUCUAUCUAUCUUUUCUCUUCAUAUCUAAUUUCCUUCAUAUCUAUCGACUUUUCUGCACUCUCGAUUUUAUUUUUCCCCAUUUUCUUAGCUUUUCUUUCUUUUUCAUCAUCCUUAAUCGCUUUUAUUUUUACACUUCAUGUUUUUAACUUUCUUUCUCUUUCUUCUUUCUUUUUUUUUCUCUCCCUUUUCCUCUUUCCACUUCUAACACUUCUUCUCUUCUUUAGCUUUCAACUCUUACUCUUUCCCUCCUCCUCCUCCUUCUACUUCUUUUUCAUUUUAAAUUCUCUCAUUCUAACCCUUUUUAUUUUUUUCUUCUUUAGUCUUCUUCUCUUGCCCUUGUUGUUGUUGUUGCUCUCCUUUUUCUUCUUCUUAAUCUUCUUCUUCUUCAUGCCGUAUAAUUCGUUCCCGAUUUUCGUUUUUGGUAUUUUUCGUUUUACAACUUUCUUUUCUAUCUUCGAUUUCAUCUUGCUUUUCUUCACUGUUUUUCUCCUUCAAACAAUCGAUUCAUUCGUUUUUUCUUUUGUCUUUCAUUCUCUGCAUUUUUUUUCCUUCCACCUGCCUAAUUUUUCUCAGGUUUUUCUUUUAUACUUUUUCAAUAUUCAUUUUGAAUUUCGUUCGUUCUUUCUUUCUUUCUUUCUUUUUAAUUUUCGUUGUUUCUCACCAAUUUUUCUUUUCAAAAUUUCUUUCUUCUCUUCUUUCUUUCUUUUUUGUACACCUCCUUUCUUUCUUUCUUUCUUUCUUUCUUUCUUUCUAUUGUGA